AUCACCAUAAUUUACACCAUUCAUUAUUUGGUGCAUGGUCAGCUGUGAUAUAGCCACAAUAAGAGUUAUAAAUAUUUGUUUCACUAUUAAAUUAACAAAGUACAAGCACCAUGUCUCACAUAGAUAGAGAUUUAGACUUAUCAAAUGCUUCUAGAGGAGUUUGGCUGGUUAAAGUGCCUAAAUAUAUUGCAAACAGAUGGGAAAAGGCACCAGGGGACAUUGAAGUUGGAAAAUUGAAAAUAUCAAACACUCAAGGACAAAAACCACAAGUAUCUCUGGCACUUUCUCAAGCAAUACUUAAUUUAAAUGAAGUUGGAGAAGAAAGUAUUCCUAAAGACCAUCGUCUUGAUUUUUCCACAGUAACCCAACAAACUUUGGGAGUUUUCUCACAUAUGAUACCUGCAAAAAGUGAUGCAGUAGUUCCUGAAACUGAAAAGUUGUUUAUGGAAGGUAGUAUUGUUCAAAAACUAGAAUGCAGACCUUAUGCUGAUACCUGUUACAUGAAGUUGAAACUAGAAUCUAUUAGAAAAGCUUCAGUACCUGUGAGACAGGUGAAACAUUUAGAUAAAAUUGUUACAUCAUUCAAGCCUGUUUCUGAUCAUAAACAUAAUAUUGAAUACCGUGAACAGAAGAAGGCUGAAGGCAAAAAGGCCCGUGAUGAUAAGGACUCUGUUUUGGAAAUGCUAUUUGCAGCAUUUGAGAAACAUCAGUAUUACAAUAUCAAAGAUCUUGUGAAGAUCACCCGACAACCUAUUACAUAUUUGAAAGAAAUUUUGAAGGAUGUAUGCAAUUACAAUUUGAAGAAUCCACACAAGAACAUGUGGGAAUUGAAACCAGAGUACAGGCAUUACAAAGAACAAGCGGCCGAGGCUAAGAAAGAUGAUGAGGAUGAAGACUCUGAUGAUGAUUAGAGUCACUUGAAUUAUAUGUUUAAAUAUAUUUAUGCCAUAUAUGAAUGUAUAAGCAUAUAUGUAAUAAAUU